CUCACAGAUUGCAUCCUGAUGGCUGAGUCGAAGCCACUGCCCUGCGCCGAUGGGGACCCGGUGGCCAUGGAAGCCCUGCUCCGGGACGUGUUUACCAUUGUGGUGGAUGAAGCCAUCCGGAAGGGGACCAGCGUCUCUGAGAAGGUCUGCCAGUGGAAGGAGCCCGAUGAGUUGAAGCAGCUGCUGGACUUGGAGCUGCGGGGUCAGGGCGAGUCGCGGGAGCAGCUGCUGGAGCGCUGCCGCGCCGUGAUCCACUACAGCGUGAAGACUGGUCACCCUCGGUUCUUCAACCAGCUCUUCUCGGGGUUGGAUCCACACUCCCUGGCUGGCCGUAUCAUCACCGAGAGCAUCAACACCAGCCAGUACACGUACGAAAUCGCCCCCGUGUUUGUGCUCAUGGAAGAGGAGGUGCUGGGCAAGCUCCGGGCCCUGGUGGGCUGGACCUCCGGGGAUGGGGUCUUCUGCCCUGGUGGCUCCAUCUCUAACAUGUACGCUGUGAACCUGGCCCGCUACCAGCGCUACCCAGAGUGCAAGCAGAGGGGACUCCGGGCACUGCCACCCCUGGCCCUCUUCACGUCAGAGGAGUGUCACUACUCCAUCAGCAAGGGAGCCGCUUUCCUGGGGCUUGGCACCGACAGUGUCCGCAUGGUCAAGGCUGAUGACAGAGGGAAGAUGAUCCCGGAGGACCUGGAGAGGCAGAUCCUGCUGGCCAAGGCUGAGGGAGCCGUGCCAUUCUUGGUGAAUGCCACUUGCGGGACCACCGUGCUGGGCGCCUUUGACCCGCUGGAGGCGAUCGCCGAUGUGUGCCAGCGUCACGGGCUGUGGCUGCACGUGGAUGCCGCCUGGGGUGGGAGCGUGCUGCUGUCACGGACACACAGGCAUCUCCUGGAGGGGAUCCACAGGGCUGACUCAGUGGCCUGGAACCCCCACAAGCUCCUGGGAGCCGGUCUGCAGUGCUCUGCCCUCCUGCUUCGAGACACCUCGAACCUGUUGAAACGCUGUCAUGGCUCCCAGGCCAGCUACCUCUUCCAGCAGGAUAAGUUCUACGACGUGGCCCUGGACACAGGCGACAAGGCGGUGCAGUGUGGCCGCCGAGUCGACUGUCUCAAGUUGUGGCUCAUGUGGAAGGCCCAGGGCGACCAGGGCCUGGAGCUGCGAGUGGACCGCGCCUUCACCCUCGCUCGGUACUUGGUAGAGGAAGUGAAGAAGCGGGAAGGAUUUGAACUUAUCAUGGAGCCGGAGUUCCUCAACGUGUGCUUCUGGUUUGUGCCCUUGAGCCUGCGGGGUCAGCAGGGGAGUCCUGAUUACGACCAGAGGCUGGCCAAGGUGGCACCCAUGCUUAAGGAGCGCAUGGUGAAGGCGGGCUCCAUGAUGAUCGGCUACCAGCCGCACGGGAGCCAGGCCAACUUCUUCCGUGUGAUCGUGGCCAACCCGGCGCUCACCCGCGCGGACCUGGACUUCCUGUUGGAUGAACUGCAGCGGUUGGGCAGCGACCUGUGAGCCGCUGUCUCCUGCCGGGGGGCCUUGGCCUUGCUGCUCCACAGCGGCCAGCGGCAAGGGGCGUGGGCUGGCCACCGUGUCUACGUCAGUUAAUGCGCCUUCCUAACGCUUUGCAAUCACGAGAAUGGCUUGCCUACACAGCAGUGUGGCCGUGUGGUUGUGGAAUGUUGUUCUCUUCCUGAAAUUAUAGAGAUUUUUAUUAAAAGAAGGUUAAUUAUAAUGUGUCAACGAUGCUGGACAUAAAACUUUCUAGUGAAAUCUGAGCUGUGUUCAGAAACACGUAGGAAAAGACUCACAUAGCACAUGAGCCAAACCAUUAGCAAUGUUUCCUGGGACGGGCCAAUAGGAAAUUAAAAACAAAACCUGUUCCUCUGCUAGCUCCCCUAGGUUAUAUAAUUAGCAUAAAUUGCCUUUAUGAUAGGAAAGUAAUAAAAUUAACAUUUCAAUUA